AUGCCUUUCAUCACUGUAAACGACCACCAAUUGCACUACGCCGAUAGCCAUCCCGACGGUGCGCCGGAGAAGGGUCUGACCUUCGUCUUCAUUCACGGACUCGGGUCCUCGCAGAACUACUAUUUCCCGGUCAUUCCGUACCUCACCUCGAAGCAUCGCUGCAUCACUCUGGACACCUAUGGCUCUGCGCGGUCCCCCUACACCGGCCAGCCGGUCUCCAUUGGGUCCAUUGCCGCCGAUGUGGUCGCCGUGAUGGACGCUCUUCGUGUUUCCCAGGCGGUGGUGGUGGGCCACUCGAUGGGUGGAUUGGUUGUGACUCUCCUGGGAUCGCAGUAUGCCGAUCGGAUCAAGGGAGUGGUGGCUGUUGGUCCGACUCAUCCGUCGCAAACUCUGGCAACUGUGAUGAGCAAGAGAAGUGAAACUGUCUCCGGAGCUGGAAUGGAGCCGAUGGCAAACAGCAUCCCCUACCAGGCGACGGGAUCAAAGUGCCCGGAUUUGGUCAAGUCGUUUAUCCGCGAACUCCUCAUGGGACAGAGCCCCAAGGGCUACGCGGCUCUCUGUCAGGCUAUCGCCACCGCACCAACAAUCGACUACUCCGCGAUCAAGGCCCCCUUCCUGCUGCUUGCCGGCGAAGAGGACAAGUCGGCGUCGUUGGAGGGAUGCCAACACAUCUUUGACCAUGUGUCCAGUGCGAACAAGAAGAUGGAGGUGUUGGCCCAGGUGGGACACUGGCACUGUCUGGAGGCGCCGGACUUGGUUGGAAAAGCCAUUGCACAGUUUGCCGAGGGGCUGUAA